AUGCAGGAGCUGACAGAGAGCUGCAGGUUGCGGACGGGAAUCCUGCCCAUCGACCCCGGAGAGGCCCGAGAGUUCAGGAAGCUCCACCGCCGCAGGAGAAACCAGGAAGAAGAUCCAAUGCAAAGCGAAGAUCAGAAGGAUAUGCUGAUGCUCAUGACAUACUCUAUGGUUCCUCUUACACCUAAAUCAAAACUUUCCUCAUGCCUGUCUUUUUCUUUAUUUCAGGUCAAAGCCUUCACAGACAUGUGCAGGAGCUCCAAAGGAAUUUGUUUAACAGGCCCACCUGGACCCCCAGGUAAACCUGGUUCACCUGGACCCCCAGGUCCACCGGGGCCAGAGGGGAGACGAGGUAGAAAAGGUCUUCCUGGUCCACCUGGUCCACCCUGCUCCACCUGUUGUUCCAGUGACAUGAAAAACAAGAUUACUGAAGGAAGUAGUCGUCAAAUUUACGCAUGGAGAGAAUCACCGACACCACGUCCAGCUGAUAACACAACUAAUGUUUUGAAUGUUAGUGGCACAAAUAUAAAAUUAGAUUUUGGUUCUUUUUAUCCAAACCACAGUCAAGACGCCUUCAACAAUACCAAAGAAGAAAAUGUCACAGAGGUCCCAGCAGGUGAGAGGUCCCAAUCAUCAGCAGGCCUGCUGAGUGUAGCCUUAGACAACAACAGCGACUCCUUCAGAAAUGUUACUGUUACUACAGUGGAAAGUGACUGGAUAUCACCUCACCCAGAUUACCAAAGUGACAACCUGACUGAAAUCGACCCAGAAAAUGUUACAGAAGCACCAAUGAAUUUAUUAGCAGAAUCACCAACAGCACAUCCAUCUGAAAACCUCAUAGAUGCUUUGAAUGUCUCUGACUCUGAGAAACUGGACAAUAAGACAGAAUCAGACCGUUCACCGUUUUAUGAAGAUUACAGCUACAGCACAGCAAUUCUUAGAAACCCUGAAGUCAUCACAGAGGCAGCAGGAAAAUUAACAGAAUCACCAACAGAUGGUCCAGCUGCAAACACCAGAGGAGACACAAAACCAUUUAUGAACAACUUUAAUGAUGCCAACACUGAAAAUGUUACAAAUGGACCAGUACAAUUAUUACCAGCUCCACCUGAUGCAGAUUUAACACCAACUCCACAUCCAGCUGAAAACACCAGAGAUGCUUUUACUGUUCCUGGUUCUAAAAAGGAUGCAGAUAAAACAAUAGAACCUGAGCUAAAAGAGGCUGAUAAAGAUGUUGCCUUCAAUGUUGCUAUACGAAAUGCUACAGAGGCAUUAGUGACACGAUUUAUAGGUUCACUUUCUGAAGAACUGGAUAAAAACAGAGACACUUUCAAUAACAGUGGAAACGUCAAUGAUAAACCCAUGACAACUGAUUCUUCAAAUAAGCUCUGGUCUGAUAAUAAGAUCAGUGUGACCACUGGUGACAAAUCAACAGAAAGUGAGUGUAUUAUUAAAAACAUAAAAUGCUCAGAGAAGCCCACUGAAAUGGAAAGCACCUAUGGAGCCUGGAUGUCAGACGCGUCGCAGCUGGAUGAAGAUCAGUACUGGAUGGCCGAUCAUUUUUCAGGUCGACAUUUGUGGGAAUAUCAGGACCUUUCAACAUUGCAAUACACUAAAAACACUAUAGACACCAAGAGGUUCUACCAGGGGUGUGGCCAUGUUGUUUAUAAAGGAUCAUUUUACUACCACAACGGCGGAAAAAACAGACUUAUAAAAUUUGGUCUGAAAACGAAGAGAACGCAGAUUCUGACCAUGCCAGACACCAGAUAUCACAACCUGACUUAUCUUUUUCGAAACUCAAAGACAUACUUCAAGUUUGCUGUGGAUGAAAGUGGACUGUGGGUCAUCUUUGCCUCAAACGCAGAUGACAGCACACUGGUCGCAAAGCUCGACGAUGACACAUUCUCUAUAGAGUCUGUCAUAAACACCACCUACCCGACAGCUAAAGCAGGAAAUGCUUUCAUUGUGUGUGGGGUGCUGUAUUUCACAGAUGACAAAGACAGAAGGGUGACAUAUGCCUAUGAUUUAAAGAAAGAGAGUCCUGUGGAUGCAGGUUUUGACAUAAGAUCAGGUAAUGGAAUCUUAGCUAUGCUGUCGUACUAUCCCAACAAAAAGAUUUUGUACGUGUGGGACAACAAAAGUGUGAAUACCUGCAGAGUUAAAUUCAAAAAGACCUAAAAAUAAAUAAUCAAACUCUA